AUGUCUCAGCCCACGGCACCCUCCAUACCUGCAUUCUAUCGCAUAUUCUUUACAUACCUCGACCCCAUCAUCUGCGCUUGGGGCGCAACCAUGGACUUCUUCAUGCCCACUGUCGUCCUCUCUUCACACAUCCCCUCACCCACCCCAGACAUCGGCCACGCCAUGAUCCUCAAGCAACGUGGCGGGGGCAUGCUAAAUUUCGGCAUCAUAUCUGCUGUCCUGCUACGAUACACAAACGACAUGAACGUCUGGCGUAUUGUCCAGUUGUCGUGCUUCGUUGUCGAUCUGGCGUACUAUUGGGCAGUCUGGGAGGUGUUGGCAAAGCAGGGCAGACUAAGCGUAGGCACCUGGCGGGCGGAGGAUUGGGGAAGUAUAGGCAUUACGGCGUUUGCAGGGCUGGUCAGACUAGCAUUCAUGGCAGGGGUGGGAUUUGGCGAAGCCUCAAGGAAUGACAAGAAAGACUUGUAG